AUGGUCUUAGACAAAGCGAAGUUGAGUGUGGACAAUGGCAUGAUGACGAAAAGCUUCGUGAAGAUCAAUCCUGCUGCCAACACUGCUGCUGCUGACACAUCAACUCCCCCAACAGAACUUAAGGCAGAGGCUCCUGAGCAGCCAGACACCUCCAGGAUAGAGGUGGUUUCAGUGACGGAAGAAGACCUCCCCACUGUUGAGACCCCCAACACACUGAACGUCAGCCCCCUGGGCAGCUUUGCUGCUAACCCCCAAUUGGAAAACGAAUCUGCAGUACUUGGACUGGAAGAACUUAAGGCAGAGGCUCCUGAGCAGCCAGACACCUCCAGGAUAGAGGUGGUUUCAGUGACGGAAGAAGACCUCCCCACUGUUGAGACCCCCAACACACUGAACGUCAGGCCCCUGGGCAGCUUUGCUACUAACCCCCAAUUGGAAAACAAAUCUGCCAAACCCGAAGAGCCCCGACCUCUGGCUGCACCCAGCCCAACCAUGCCAAUCACCAAGGUGCAGCCAUUUAUGCACGAGGAUGACUUGGAGAACAGCUGGAAGAACAGAGUGCUGGCCCACCGCUUGGAGCUGCUGAUCGCUUCGUGCCUCAUCGCGGUGGUCACUCUCGUUCUCGGCAUCGGCCUCGGAGUGGGUUUAAGCUGUGCAGGGCAGUUUCGUUGUGGUUCAUCACCUAAAUGCAUCAGGCCCUCGUCUCAGUGUGACGGAGAGGUGCACUGUGACAACGGAGAGGACGAGCUCGGCUGUGUGCGUCUGAGUGGGAGGAGCUCGGUCCUGCAGGUCCAGAGAGGGGGAGUCUGGAAGACGGUGUGCUCAGAGGGCUGGAACAACUGGCUGGGGGUCUCUGCCUGCAAGCAACUGGGAUACUCCAGGUACAUGGAAUCAUUCUUCGUCUCUCUGACCUCCGUUGAGCAGGACCUUCAGUCCAACCUGGUGUCCAUCAACCUGAACCAGGCACAGGUCAUUAAGCUCCAGAACGCCACAGCCUUCAGUAAGACUGAGUGCAGCUCAGGGAAGGUGACCACUCUGAAAUGUCUGGAGUGCGGCUCCAGGCCCAAGUACCACACUCGUAUCGUUGGAGGAAACAUCUCCAAGCCGGGUCAGUUCCCCUGGCAGGUCAGCCUCCAUUUCAACAGUGAGCACCUGUGCGGAGGCUCCAUCAUAACGUCACGCUGGGUCCUCACUGCUGCACACUGUGUGUAUGGGUUUGCAUUCCCCUCCAUGUGGGCGGUGCUGGUGGGGCUGACGGAGCAGCCGGUCCACGGGGCUCAGUCUCUGGCUGUGGAGCAGAUCAUAUACCACGCUCACUACCGGUCCAACAGACUGGACUAUGACAUCGCACUGAUGAAACUGGCCACGCCGCUUGCUUUCAAUGGCUUCGUCGAGCCCAUCUGCCUGCCAAACUAUGGGGAGGAGUUUGAGGAGGGCACCGUGUGCUGGAUCUCUGGAUGGGGAGCAACUGAGGAUGAAGGAGAGGCCAGUGUGGUUCUGCGCUCGGCCAGGGUGCCGCUCAUCUCCACUAAGACCUGCAACCAGCCAGAUGUUUACCAGGGCUUCAUCUCCUCCUGGAUGAUCUGUGCAGGAUACCUGGAGGGAGGAACGGACUCCUGUCAGGGGGACAGUGGAGGUCCUCUGGCCUAUGAGGACUCGUCUGUGUGGAAGCUGGUUGGUGCGACCAGCUGGGGAAACGGCUGUGCUUUGAGGAACAAGCCGGGCGUUUACACUCGCAUUACACAGGCACUCAGCUGGAUCCGCCAACAGAUGGAGGUCAGUAACAUGACCAGCUGUCCUGUUUCAGGACCAGACCCUACAAAGGUUUGGCCUUUGGAGAACCUAAGACUAGUACUGAACCAGGUUCACCAUAUGGUCAGCAUGUUUCUGCAGGACACACACAAUUGAGUUUAAGGAUCAGUAAAUACAGAUAUAUAUUUAGACAAAG